AUGAAGUUCACAAUCGGAACUUUCUUGCUGCUGAGUCUGUGCCUGGGAAAUUGGGUCGAAGCUGCGACAGUCUUUUUCCCUCUUGUUUUGACUUGGCAAAACACUAGCGUUGCGGGGAAUAUUAGACCUGUUAUUCACUCGAACUUUCAGUUUCCAGGACCCGAGCUCCAAAUAAAUCAGGGUGAUAAUGUUCAAUUCGCUGUCACGAAUUUGUGUCCUUUUAACGUUACUGUGCAUUUCCAUGGAAUUGAACAGCUUGGAACCCCUUGGUCUGACGGGGUUCCUGGAGUUUCACAGCGCCCAAUCGUGACAGGGCAAUCUUUCCUUUACCGAUGGACUGCUGUUGACUACGGCGCAUACUUUUAUCACGCUCAUCAUCGGGGCCAAUUGGAAGAUGGUCUUUACGGCCCAAUUUACAUCACCCCGCGGGCUAGUGAGCCCAGACCCUUCAGCUUGAUAACAACAAACAACACCCAGGUGCAGGCUAUGCUGACGGCUGAAAAGAACACCUCUCCCCUGUUGCUAUCAGACUGGCGUCUUCUGACUUCGGAACAAGUUUGGGCUGCCGAGGUUGCCUCUGGUGUCGACUCUUACUGCGUCAAUGCACUGCUUAUCAAUGGCAAGGGUGCAGUGUCUUGUCUACCUCGAGCCCUGAUACAGUCAUUGAUCACACCAAACGUGCAAGCCGUGUUGGGAAAUGAAACUCUUAGCGAUAUAGCAUGUUUCCCGCCAAAUAUUACGCUUUUGCAGGGAGACUAUCCUCAUAACUUUGACGCUCUUCCACCGACAAUGUUCAGUGGAUGCACGCCUACCAAAGGGGAGCAGGAAAUCAUUACAGUGAAUGGACAGCAAUUCGUCAGCUGGGAUUUGACUAGUGCAUCUGGGCAUCUUGAACUCAUUUUCUCGGUAGAUGAGCAUUAUAUGUGGGUCUAUGCUGUUGACGGCCGUUACAUCGAGCCCAUCCUUGUCAAUGCGAUCAACAUUCCCAAUGCGAAUCGAUACUCAGUUCUAGUCCCUCUUGACAAGCCUCGAGGGGAUUACUCGCUUCGCCUAGUCAGCGGCAGCCAACAGCAAAUCCUAAACACCACAGGAAUUCUUAGAUACCAAGGCAGGCCUCAACUCAAUAGGCCUUCCAACCCUUGGGUCUUGCUGAAUGGUCUCAAUGCCACUGCAAACACUGUAUUCCUAGACGAGUCACUGAUCAUCCCAUACCCGGCUAUUGCUCCUGCAGCUACUGCGGAUGUAACCUACAAAUUGACUAUUCAACACUUCAACGCGUCCUAUCUGUGGACCCUCGGAAACGAUAGUUACAACCUUGAAUUGGAAGAGGCCCAACCUCUCCUCUUCAAUCAGAAUUCCAUCCCAAGUGACUUAGUUAUCCGCACAAAAAACAACACCUGGGUAGAUUUGAUCAUCGAAAUCGACGCCCCGCCAAUCUCGCCUCCUCAUCCGAUCCACAAACAUUCGAACAAGCAUUUCAUCAUCGGCCAAGGAACAGGGGCAUUUAACUAUACAGAUGUUGCAGAAGCCAUUCAAUCUAUCCCUGGGUCCUUUAACCUCGUCAAUCCCCAGUAUAGAGAUACGAGCGAUACACCCAUUGCACUUUUUGGGCCUUCGUGGCUAGCCAUACGAUAUCAUGUCGUCAACCCGGGCGCUUUCUUGCUACAUUGUCAUGUGCAGGUCCACCAAAGCGGUGGAAUGGCAUUGGCUAUCCUGGAUGGUGUUGAUAAAUGGCCUACCAUCCCUGCUUCAUAUCGUCUUGAUUCAGGAUUCUUUUGA